AUGAAAGAGGAGGAGAAAGGGGAAGAGGUAAAGGCGGUGAACGUAGAAGAGCAAGAUGAAGAGAAAGUGACAAGAAAAAAGUCCUUGCCAGAAAGGGUGAAAUGGAUCCUCGGUAGAGAUCUUCCUGAGUUGGAAAAGCGCCGAACCGGCUACGGGUGUCUUGAUGCGAGGGCAGUGCGCGCUGACCUCUGGCUGCAACGGCCUGACUAG